AGUCACUGCCCUGACGGCGGCGGUAGCGGCGGCGAUUCGCUGUGGGGGUUGGGAGGAGUGCGACCGAGGCUGCCGGGGCAGCUGAAACUGGCAGUUGCCGGAGGCCAAGUGGAGGAUCUGGAGCUGGGAGCGUGCUCUAGGUUGGGCGGAGGAGGCGACUGCUGAUGGAGUGCAGGGAACCGCGGCUUCUCAGCAAAGCAAGUGCCUGAGGCUGAGAGUCCGCAACGGCGGCGGUGCAGCGGCGGGUACAGCGGCGGCUGGGGCCAAGUUACUUGUGGAAAUUGUUCAUUAUCUGGACAUCUUAAAACCAAGACACCUGUGAAUAGGUUCAUUAAAAGUCCACUAUCUUGAAAAAUACAUUUAAUUAAUGCUUUGAAUUAAAAAGGUGUUAACAGUAGUCUGUCAUUUCUGCCACAUAAGAGGCCAUAAUCUGAAACAGUCCCUGGCAGUUUCCCAGAUGUUUGAAACUGUCAGGGUAUAGUAUUUUGAGAGAUGAUUCUUUAGCAAGCAAUUGAACUGCAGAGCUAACUAUGUGCAGUAUAAAUGUAAUCUCUUUGAUGACAUUUCUAUAAUGGAUACCUUUUCUAAAUCUAAUUUUCAGAUGCAGAAUUAACUCUUGGAUUCUGGAGAGGCAUUUUGUACAGAUUGAAAGAUAGAGCUUUCUCUUCAGUUUUCCAGAUGUAUUCUCUCAUCUGUAUACUUGAAACAUCCACAAUCACAUAAACUACAGAUGUAGUCAUGGAGUUAUGUGAUCCAUCAAGACAUAGAAAAAGUGUUCCUGAGCUUUGGAACCAGGCUCCCCCCCACCCCCAUCAGUUAAGCAAUUAAACUAAAAAAUCUCUGCUAAUCAAGAUUAAGGAGCCAAAUAAAGCCAUGCACAUUCUAUUGGCAAAUGGACUCUGUGGCUGUUGAAUUUUACUGUGUUUGGUUACUUUGGUCAUUCAAAGUCAACAAUAUGCAAGUUGUGCCCUAAUGGAUGUAAAGACCGGUGUUGAUGUAUCCACAUGCUAGCAAAUGUUGAAGAUAAGAAACCUAUUAUGACUAAUCCUUGGGAAGAGAAAGUCUGCAAAAUGGCUCAAACCAGUUUACUGCAGGGGAAGCAGUUUUACUGUAGGGAGUGGGUUUUCCACAAGCUUCAGCAUUGCCUUCAGGAGAAAACUAACUGCUGCAAUAGUGCUGUCAACACACCAUCCCUUGUAAUGAAUUCUGGAAAUAAUGCUAGUGUUGUCUCUGGAAAAGGAGCUGCUUGGGGUGUGUUGUUGGUAGGAGGGCCUGGCAGUGGCAAGACAGCCCUAUGUACUGAGCUCUUGUGGCCAAGUUCACCUACAAGCUUACAGAGAGGUUUACACCGCCAAGCUUUGGCCUUUCAUUUCUGCAAAGCUCAGGACUCUGAUACUUUGUGUGUUGGAGGGUUUAUUAGAGGUCUAGUUGCCCAGAUCUCCCGCAGUGGACUACUCCAAGGAUAUGAAGACAAGCUAAGGGAUCCAGCAGUCCAAAGUCUUCUACAACCUGGAGAAUGUGAGAGGAACCCCGCAGAAGCGUUUAAAAGGUGUGUUCUGCUCCCUCUUUUGGGAAUGAAGCCUCCCCAGCAAAGCCUGUAUCUACUUGUUGAUUCUGUUGAUGAAGGGUGUAACAUAACUGAAGGUGAACAAAUGUCUACCAGCUUAUCUGGGACUGUUGCCGAGCUGUUAGCUGGUCACCAUGAGUUCUUCCCACCGUGGCUAUUGCUUCUCUGUUCUGCCCGAAAACAGAGUAAAGCUGUUACUAAAAUGUUUACUGGCUUUCGAAAAAUAAGUUUAGAUGACCUUCGGAAGGCAUACAUUGUCAAGGAUGUUCAGCAAUACAUUCUCCAUCGUCUAGAUCAAGAAGAAGCUUUGCGGCAACACCUCACAAAAGAAACUGCAGAGAUGUUAAAUCAACUGCACAUUAAAAGCAGUGGAUGCUUCCUUUAUCUAGAACGGGUUCUGGAUGGCGUUGUAGAAAAUUUUAUUAUGUUACGAGAGAUCCGUGAUAUUCCAGGAACUCUAAAUGGUCUAUAUCUCUGGCUGUGUCAGAGACUUUUUGUAAGAAAACAGUUUGCAAAGGUUCAGCCUAUUUUGAAUGUUAUUCUUGCAGCCUGCCGACCUUUGACCAUAACGGAAUUAUAUCAUGCAGUAUGGACUAAGAAUAUGUCAUUAACCUUGGAAGACUUUCAACGCAAGCUAGAUGUCCUCUCCAAGCUUCUUGUUGAUGGACUGGGCAACACUAAAAUACUGUUUCACUAUAGUUUUGCAGAGUGGCUUCUGGAUGUGAAACACUGCACUCAGAAAUAUUUGUGUAAUGCAGCAGAAGGACACAGAAUGUUGGCUAUGAGUUAUACCUGCCAAGCCAAGGAUUUGACACCAUUGGAAGCACAAGAAUUUGCAUUGCACUUAAUUAAUUCAAACUUACAAUUAGAAACAGCUGAGUUAGCUCUGUGGAUGAUAUGGAAUGGUACACCUGUCAAAGAUUCUCUGUCUACUUUAAUACCCAAGGAACAAGAAGUUCUACAGCUUUUGGUCAAAGCUGGUGCUCAUGUUAACAGUGAAGAUGAUCGCACAUCAUGUAUUGUCAGACAAGCCUUAGAAAGAGAAGAUUCUAUUCGGACAUUAUUAGAUAAUGGAGCUUCAGUAAAUCAAUGUGAUUCAAACGGGAGAACAUUAUUGGCUAAUGCUGCAUACAGUGGCAAUCUUGAUGUAGUGAAUUUACUUGUCUCUAGGGGUGCAGACUUAGAGAUCGAAGACACUCAUGGACAUACACCCCUCACCCUAGCUGCUAGACAAGGGCAUACUAAGGUUGUUAAUUGUUUGAUUGGGUGUGGAGCAAAUAUUAAUCAUACUGAUCAAGAUGGAUGGACAGCAUUAAGAUCUGCUGCUUGGGGUGGUCACACUGAGGUGGUUUCGGCCUUACUUUAUGCUGGUGUGAAAGUGGACUGUGCAGAUGCUGAUAGUCGAACUGCUUUAAGAGCAGCAGCAUGGGGAGGACAUGAGGAUAUUGUAUUGAAUUUGCUACAACAUGGUGCUGAAGUCAACAAAGCUGAUAAUGAAGGUAGAACUGCUUUGAUAGCAGCAGCAUACAUGGGACAUAGAGAGAUUGUGGAACACCUACUGGACCACGGAGCAGAAGUAAAUCAUGAGGAUGUUGAUGGCAGGACUGCACUGUCUGUGGCUGCACUUUGUGUGCCUGCAAGUAAAGGGCACGCAUCUGUCGUUAGCCUUCUCAUCGACCGAGGUGCUGAAGUAGAUCAUUGUGACAAAGAUGGCAUGACGCCACUGCUGGUGGCUGCCUAUGAAGGACAUGUUGAUGUGGUUGACUUGCUUCUCGAGGGUGGAGCUGAUGUAGAUCAUACAGAUAACAAUGGUCGUACACCCCUUUUAGCAGCAGCAUCUAUGGGUCAUGCUUCAGUUGUAAACACGCUCUUGUUUUGGGGUGCAGCUGUGGAUAGUAUUGACAGUGAAGGUAGGACAGUCCUCAGCAUUGCUUCAGCACAAGGAAAUGUUGAGGUGGUGCGUACUCUACUGGACAGAGGGUUGGAUGAAAAUCACAGAGAUGAUGCUGGGUGGACACCUUUGCACAUGGCAGCCUUCGAAGGUCAUCGAUUAAUAUGUGAAGCACUUAUUGAGCAAGGUGCUAGAACAAAUGAGAUUGAUAAUGAUGGGCGAAUACCAUUCAUAUUAGCUUCACAAGAGGGUCAUUACGAUUGUGUUCAAAUAUUACUGGAAAGUAAAUCCAACAUUGAUCAAAGAGGUUAUGAUGGAAGAAAUGCACUGCGGGUGGCUGCCCUAGAAGGACACAGGGACAUUGUUGAAUUACUUUUUAGCCAUGGAGCUGAUGUGAACUAUAAAGAUGCUGAUGGGAGGCCCACACUUUAUAUUUUGGCCUUAGAAAACCAACUUACAAUGGCUGAAUAUUUUUUAGAAAAUGGUGCAAAUGUAGAAGCAAGUGAUGCUGAAGGAAGGACAGCACUUCAUGUUUCCUGCUGGCAAGGCCAUUUGGAAAUGGUGCAGGUUCUGAUAACCUACCAUGCUGAUAUCAAUGCUGCAGACAAUGAAAAGCGAUCUGCUUUGCAAUCUGCUGCCUGGCAAGGCCAUGUAAAGGUGGUUCAGCUUCUGAUUGAACAUGGUGCAGUAGUUGACCAUACAUGUAAUCAAGGUGCAACUGCACUCUGCAUUGCAGCCCAGGAAGGGCACAUUGAUGUGGUGCAAGUUUUAUUGGAACACAGUGCUGAUCCAAACCAUGCUGAUCAGUUUGGACGCACUGCUAUGCGUGUUGCAGCCAAAAAUGGACAUUCCCAAAUAAUCAAAUUAUUAGAAAAAUACGGUGCAGCUAGUUUGAAUGGUUGUUCCCCAUCUCCUGUUCAUACAAUGGAACAAAAACCUCUCCAAUCAGUGUCUUCAAAGGUGCAGUCAUUAACAAUUAAGUCAAAUAGCUCUGGUAGUACUGGUGGCGGGGAUAUGCAGCCUUCAUUGCGUGGUUUACCUAAUGGACCAGCUCAUGCAUUCAGUUCUCCCUCAGAAUCUCCAGAUUCUACAGUUGAUCGCCAGAAGUCAUCAUUGUCAAAUAACUCCCUGAAAAGCUCAAAAAAUUCUUCUUUGAGAACUACUUCAUCUACAGCAACAGCCCAAACGGUGCCAAUUGAUAGCUUUCAUAACCUGUCGUUUACAGAACAAAUUCAGCAGCAUUCAUUGCCACGCAGUAGAAGUCGACAGUCAAUUGUUUCCCCAUCUUCCACAACCCAGUCCUUAGGACAGAGUCAUAAUUCUCCGAGUAGUGAGUUUGAGUGGAGUCAAGUAAAGCCCAGUUUGAAGUCAACUAAAGCAAAUAAAGGAGGGAAAUCAGAAAAUUCCAGCAAAUCUGGCUCCACUGGGAAAAAAGCUAAACAAAGCAAUUCUUCACAGGUUUUAGAAUAUGAAAUGACUCAAUUUGAUAAAAGAGGACCCAUAGCCAUCUCUGGGACUAGUGUACCACUUAAACAAAUGCCGACAGAAUCUCAGUGCAAAAUUAUGAUACCUUCAAAUCAGCAGGAAAUUGGUCGUUCUCAACAACAGUUUCUUAUUCACCAACAAAGUGGGGAACAGAAGAAGAGAAAUGGAAUAAUGACAAAUCCAAAUUAUCAUCUUCAAAGCAAUCAGGUUUUUCUUGGUAGGGUUUCAGUCCCACGAACAAUACAAGAUAGAGGGCAUCAAGAAGUGUUAGAAGGGUAUCCUACUUCAGAGACAGAAUUAAGCCUUAAACAAGCCUUGAAGCUUCAGAUAGAAGGUUCUGACCCCAGCUUCAACUAUAAGAAGGAGACACCAUUAUAAAAGUUUCCUACUUUUAAAACAAGACAUUGUGAUUGGAGUGGUUCUUCAGCUACUGGAUGAAAACAAAAUGCCUGUUGAUUUGCUGAAAAAACAAGAAUGUGAUUAUCUGCAGUACAGUUACCUUAAUUACUGUAAUGUGCCUCUAAAUAGUAAGGCUGCCUUCUCAAUGUUAACCCUUUGUGCUUAAGAAAUUUCAUUUUGUGUGCUUUGUAUUUACUACACAAGAGUAAGCACUUUUAAAAAAUGCAGGUAUAUACUGCAGUUCCCUGAUAGAAGCUGAAAAAAAUUUGAGUUCAGUAUUUUAAGAUUUGAU